GCAUAAACAAUUUUACGCGGCUAAGUUUCCUCUAGGUCUCCUCUUCGCCCGUUAAUGAUACGUCGCCGCUUUUGUCCCUACUUAUUGCAUGCCAAUCGCAAGCGAGAACAUUAACCAAAAAAGAAUUACUUAGAAAAAAAAAAAAACUUUUUCUCUUUCCUUCGCUUCAGUUUAAUUCCAUCGUAAGUUUUCCGGCAAAAUCAGGAAUUUUCUCGUCAGCCAAACGGUAACAAGUUCACCAUGUGGGUGGAGAUCCUCUGCGGUCUGGUAAUCUAUCGAUUGUUCCGGCGCUUCUUCUAUGACGAUGACGUUCUGGAGGUCGAAACCUCAGAUUCGAAUGCUCUUUUCUCUGUAGCCAAUAGACUUGAAAAGCUUUAUGGGGGAAAGGCAUAUGUUGGGCUUCGAAUUCCAGAUCCUGACACUGGUUCUCGACAGACAAUCGAUAUGGUUCUUGUCACCAAAAGGGAGGCAGUGGUGAUUUCGGUCAAGAAUUUAUCAGGAAUUGUGUCUGUUAGUGGAGAUGGCAGCUGGGUUUGUGAACAUGAGGGUAGACACAGAGCCGAGCGUUACCCUGAUCCAAUUGUAGAGGUUAAAAAACAAGCUUCAGUGCUUGAAUCAUAUCUUGAACAAAGGGGAGUUGAAAGGGGAGUUGCUUUGCCAGAAGGAUGUUUUUCUUACAAAGUUAUACUUUCCAAUCCAAAAUUCCGUACCAUUUAUCCUGACAGUUUUCCCUCUGAGGUCAUCACAUAUGAUAAAUGGGCACAACUAAAACCAGAACCAAAAAGUUUGUUUUCUGGAUGGAUAAAGGGUGCCUUUUCUGGUGGGAAGAAAGAGAUGCAGGAAUCUAUACACCAGACACUUAAUUUUGUUCUUGGCACAGCUCCUAUGUGGGAUAGGUUGGAGCUUAAGGGUAAUAAAUAUGUCCUUGGAGAAUUUCUUGAAUUUAAAGGGAAGCAGGAAGAUACAAUGGCAUUGAGAAAUAUCAAAAGAUCAAAAGUUAGUCGCCUGGUCAUCCAAAAGACUAGUAUGUUUGGGUUAGCCCCUUCAAAGCUUCAAGUAUUGUAUUUUCCUCGCGAUUAUCGUAGUGAAGGGACUUCAAGUUCUGAAUCGAAAGAAGUAACUGUCAGAUCAAGUACUGAGGUCAUAUUUCAGCCUGAGAAUUCCUCCAAAGUCCGCAAAUUCAAGCUUUCAUCCAUUGUGUCUAUGUUGCUAAGUGCCUGAAGAUGAUGCAUCUAUGAGAUGCAGAUAAAGUAAACUGCAAGAAGUGAAGAAUGGUACUCCUGUAACCUAUGAGAUUGCUGUUCAUAGAGAAAUGAAGAAACAGAAUUUAUGCAUCUAGUAGAAUUUCCUGUGACCUAAUUUUUGCUAUACUUCUGUAGCUAGUAUAAAAUGUACCAUCUUGUUUAACAUUCUUGCAGUUAAUGUUUGUAAGAGAUUCAGCCGUCACCCUGAAGUAGAAAAACGUCCACAAAAUUUUUAAAGCCU